GUAGACUCGUUUUAGUUUACUUACUCUAUUAUUAUUAUAUUAUUUUAAUAAAUAAAUAUGGACUUUGUACAUUACUGUGAUAUACUUCCUGUGAUUAUUAUAUUUUUGAAUUAAUUAGGUUACCUAUCGAUUUUGAAAUGGAAAAUGAAAAUUCUGAAUUUAAUAAAUCGAAUGCUGAAGAUAUCUCUGAUACAGAAGAAAAUAAAUUCAAUUAUAACUUCAUCAAUACGCCAUGGGACGAUCGUACAAAUAGAAGUAAAAUGGGCGUUAUUGCAUUGCUCGUGGCCAUAAUCGCUACGACAACUGCUUUGGUUAUUAAUAAUGUAGUUAUACACUACAAAGGAUUUAAUUCCCAGUCGUUCUAUAGUAACACUGAAAUAGAGUGCAAUGUGGUUAAAUUGGACGAUUAUCGUUAUGUAGCGCGAAUACAUUUGAUAUCAUCCAAUGAACUUGUUUGUGUAGGCGCUGUGUUGUCUCGAUAUUCUGUAUUGGCAAAUGAAUUAUGUUUAAAAUCGGGUCCAAUUCGACUACAUAUAGGAAGUCCUGCUGAUCCCCGAUGUAAGAAAGGUUUCACGGUUGAUCUCGCAGCAACUAUUCCUCAUGAUGGCGUCGUUACAAAAAACUUGGUCGUCUUAUCAGUCCUUGAAAACAUGGGUGACUGCAUGAGGACAGUUAAAAUUGGACUGAAUUUGAAUUUAAAAGAACAAUUGUACGUUAUUGGCAGAUCGAUCCGUGGAGGACGAGUUUUGUCGUUCCAACUGGCAAAGUACUUGCUAGAGAAAGUUAUGUCUGUAGAACUAAUACGCAAUUUGAAUAAGAAUACAACAAUUGCUGUGAAAACUUUUGGAAAAUGUCCCGUGCGUGCUGGAGACCUACUGCUUCAAAAGGAUCGGUUGUUUGGCUUAGCGUCAACAAGUGUACAUAGGAGCGAAAAAACUAAAACUGUCUAUUUUGCAAACUUGACUGCUGUUCAAAAAGAAUUGAAGGCAUUAGAUAUUGGGGUUGAAUUUAGUGUGUAGGUUACUUAGUAUCUCCGUCGUUGUCGUCUUAACCGAUAUUCAUCUUAUCCUGAAAGGAUUUACACACUCUACGGUGAUACGUUUAUACUUAUUAUCAGUAUUAAAUCAAACCAUAUGGAACCUGUGAGAUCA